AUGGUUCUUCCACCUCCAGACAAACGUCACGUGUGUCUUACAACCAUUGUGAUAAUGACAAGCAUGGCCUUCAUGGAUGCCUAUCUUGUGGAGCAAAAUCAGGGUCCAAGAAAGAUUGGAGUAUGCAUCAUUGUGUUAGUUGGAGACAUCUGCUUUUUAAUUGUUCUCCGUUAUGUGGCUGUGUGGGUUGGAGCAGAAGUUAAGACAGCCAAGAGAGGAUAUGCGAUGAUUUUAUGGUUUCUAUACAUAUUUGUUCUGGAAAUUAAGUUGUAUUUUAUAUUUCAAAACUACAAGGCUGAUAAGAAAAAUGUUGACACUGUGGCUAGAAAGGCACUGACAUUGCUUUUAUCCAUCUCUGUGCCAGGACUAUAUCUGGUACUUGUAUCACUGGAUAGCAUGGAGUAUGUUAGAACAUUCAGGAAAAAAGAAGAUCUAAGAGGACGUCUCUUUUGGGUUGCUCUUGAUUUACUUGAUAUUUUGGAUAUUCAAGCUAAUUUAUGGGAGCCGCAAAAGACCGGUCUCCCUAUAUGGGCUGAAGGACUUAUGUUUUUUUAUUGCUACAUCUUAUUGUUGAUCCUACCAUGUGUUUCUUUGAGUGAAAUUAGCAUGCAAGGAGAGCAUAUUGCUCCACAGAAGAUGAUGCUAUACCCAGUUCUAAGUCUUGUCACCAUUAAUAUUGUUACAAUUUUUAUUAGAGUUGUGAACAUGGUUUUAUUUCAGGAUAGCAGAGUUUCAACAAUAUUUAUUGGCAAGAAUAUCAUUGCAAUAGCCACAAAGGCGUGCACUUUUUUGGAAUAUAAAAAACAAGUUAAGGAAUUCCCACAAAACACAAUCGCUUUAGAACUGCAAAAUUCAAUAUCACACAAUCAGACAAUUCACAAUACACAAGGAAUUAAUCCUGAGCAGUCUCCAUCCAGAGAAAUCAUGGACACAUGA